UUUUAUUGAGUUGAUGCAACCUGAUGGAUACAAAAUACCCACCUAAGCUAAACUAUACCAUUUGAAGAAAGGCUAUAUAGUGGGGUAACGCACAAAUCGUAUCUCUUAUCUGCUCCAACAACCUAAUCGAGCUGUGUGAAAAGAACAGGACUAAGUGCAUGUGUUUUGUUUGUGUGUGCAGUGUUUGUGAGUGCUUGUUGUAUCUCUGUCAAUCAUGUGUGAUUGUCUGAGAGGAUUUUUUCAUGUCAACUGGACACCUUCUUCCAACACAGACUCACACAGAGAACUGGAGGACAGCCAUUCUAAACCACCUGUGAAAGAUAAAAGACAGCCACCUCCAUCAGAUAGGCCUCCCUCUGUUCCUCAAAUCAGCCAGAGCUUCUGCGUCUCCACAGAAAAUCAGGACAGCCCAGAAAGAGUUAUUCAGAAGGAAAAACUCCAUGCAGAACUAAAAGAAGUUCUAAGUAAAAAAAGAAGCUACCUGAAACAGAGCAACUCAAAUAUUGCAAGCAUGGAUCCUUCAAAGGGAAAGAGUGAGUCUGGGAAUCAGGAGGAGAGCCAUCUUUCUGAGAUAGUGGAGGUGGUGGUAGAGACAGAAGCUGAAGUAGGAGCAAGUGGCUACAGUGUGGUGGGUGGAGGGACAAAGGGAAUCUUUAUCAAAGAUGUCUUGAAAGACUCACCUGCAGCAAAACAUCUCAGCCUCCAGAAAGGAGAUCAGUUGCUGAGUGCCAGGGUGUAUUUUGAUAAUGUGAAAUAUGAAGAUGCUCUGAAGAUCCUCCAGUGUGCAGAACCUUAUAAAGUGUCAUUCUCCUUAAAAAGGACUGUGGCUCAAACUGAAGUCAGCGGUCAUCUAGGUGGACCUAUUAUUGAUCACAGAGGAACUAAGACUAAGAGGCAAAAAAUGAGUGUGAGAAGUGUCAAACAAUUCAAAGCAAAAAAGAAAAGGGGAGGAAGAUUUGGAUUGAAAAGACUAAAGGAGAACAAGAGAACAAGAGCUGAAGCAGAAAUGGACAUUGAGGAAUCAUCAGGUAGAUUAGACUUUACUCCGGUUGAUGUGGAGUUUGCUCUCCCAAAGUUUAAACUGAAGAAACAUAAGAAAGUUUGUGAAGAGCAAUAUGGAAGUUUAGAAAGAAUGAAACCCCAUGAUGAAAAUACAAGAAAAAUUAAAUUUCCAAAAGCUAAAGUAAAAUCUGCUCUAGAAGGUACAGAAUUUUCAACAACAAAAGGAGAAAUAGAAAUGUUUAAAGAUAAAAAAAAAAUUCCAAAUUCACAUAUGAAAGAUAGUGAUGAAUGUGUGCAAGGAAAGAAAAUAAGCAUGCAAAGUGACAUACAAAUACCUAAUAUAAAUUUAGGGAAAAAACAUAUAACUGGAGAAGAAGCUGAUGGAUCCAUGGCAUCCAACGUUAUAUCAUUACCAAAAGGGAUGGUUAAAGGUGAUAUUGACCUUGAAGGACAUGCUGAGGGCCAUGAGAUCAAGGGGAGAAAGUUUCACAUGCCAGAUAUUGAUAUCUCUCUGCCAAACGAAAAGGUGAAAAGAGAUAUUAAGGUUGAAGGUGAGGCAGGUAAAGGUUUAAAGUUUCAAAUGCCUAAGGUUGAUCUUUCACUACCAAGAAUGCACAUACAACAGGCUAGGAUUAAUGUGGAGGGCCCGGCUAUUAAUGUAGGGAAAGUUGAUAUAUCAUCUGUUGACAAAAAAGGGAUGGUUAAAGACAAAAUUAACACUGAAUGUUAUUCUGGAAAAGGAGGUAAGAUCAAGUUUCCAAACACUGAGCUUUCCUUACCAAAAGUAAAAUCACCUAGCCUUGAUGUCAGUAUUGAGGGUCAAGAGAUCUCACUGCCAAAAGGAAAAGGAAAAGGAUGUAUGGAUCUUGAAGUUAAGCAUUGUAAAGAAGGGACUUUUCCAAUGCCAACAGUUGAUAUUUCACUUCCAAGAAUAAAGUUACCAGAAGGGAAGAUUAAGGUGGAAGGUCCUGAUAUCAAAGUCAGAAAAAUUGACAUGCCAUCCACUGACAUAUCAUUACCAAAGAGCAAAGCUACAGACAUUGAAGAACUAUCUGGAAAAGGGAAAAUGAUUGAUGACCCAAAGCUUGAUAUUUCCCUAUCAAAGGUAACAACAACUAAGGGUGAUAUCAGUGUCGAAGAUCCAGAAAUCAAGGGCAGAAGGAUUCACAUGCCAGAUAUUGAUAUCUCCCUGCCAAAAGGAAAGGUAAAAGGGGGUGCCAAUCUCAAAGUUGAGGCUGAACAAGGAGGCAAAUUUCAGAUGCCAAAAAUUGAUCUUUCACUACCAAAAAUGAAGUUACCAGAAGGCAAGAUUAAUAUUGAAGAGCCUGAUAUCAAAGUAAAGAAAGUUGAAAUACCAUCUAGUGACAUUUCUGUACCAACAGGGAAAGUUGACAUGCCAUCCAUUGACAUAUCAUUACCAAAAGGUAAAGCUAAAAAAGAACUAGACAAAAAAGGACGUUCUGAAACGGGAGGAAAGUUUGACAUUUCCUUACCAAUAAUAACACCACCCAAGGAUGAUUUCAGUGUUAAGGGUCCUAAUAUCAAGGACAGGAAUAUACAUGGAACAGAUAUUGAUUACUCCUGGCCCAGAGUUGAUCAUUCACUAGAAAGAAUGAAGUUGCCAGAAGGUAAGACUGAUGUGGAAGGCGCUGAAUUCAAAGUCAGGAAAGCUGAAAUGCCAGCCAUUGACAUUUCUGUACCAAAAGGGAAAGUUGAAAUGCCAUCCAUUGACAUGUCAUUGCCCAAAGGAAAAGCUAAAGGAGAAAUUGAAAUUAAAGGACAUUCUGGAACAAGAGGAAAGUUUGAUUUGCCAAAGGUUAAUAUUUCCUUACCAAAUAUAACACCACCCAAGUUUGAUCUCAAUGUUGAAGGUCCUGACAUCAAGGGCAGGAAGAUUUACAUGCCAGAUAUUGAUAUCUCCUUACCAAAAGGAAACGUAAAAGGGGGUGUCAAUCUUGAAGGUGAGACUGAUAAAGAAGGAAGGUUUCAAAUGCCCAAUGUUGAUCUUUCACUACCAAGAAUUAAGUUACCCAAGGGUAAGAUUAAUGUUCAAUCCCCUGAUAUCAACAUUGGGAAAAUGGACAUGACUUCCAUUGACAUAUCAUUACCAAAAAAGGAGGCUAAAGGAAAAAUUAACAUUGAAGGACCAUCCAGAAAAGAAGGAAUGAUUGACUUGCCAAAAGUUGACAUUUCCUUACCAGAUGUAAAACCACCAAAUUUUGAUCUCAAUGUUGAGUGUCCUGACAUGAAGAGCAGGAAGAUUUAUAUGCCAGAUAUUGAUUUCUCUCUGCCAAAAGUUGAUCUAUCACUACCAAGAAUGAAGUUACCAGAGGGUAAGGUUAAUGUUGAAAAUCCUAAGCUCAAAAUUGGGAAAGUUGACAUGCCUUUCAUUGACAUAACAUUGCCCAAAGGUAAGGAUAAAGGAGAAAUUGAAAUUGAAGGACACUCUGGAACAGGAGGAAAGUUUGACUUGCCAAAUGUUGACAUUUCCUUACCAAAUGUAACACCACCAAAGGUUGAUCUCAAUGUUCAGGGACCUGACAUCAAGGGCAGAAAGUUUCACAUGCCAGAUAUUGAUUUCUCUCUGCCAAAAGUUGAUCUUUCUCUACCAAGAAUGAAAUUACCAGAGGGUAAGAUUAAUAUGGAAGUCCCUGAUAUCAACAUUGGGAAAGUUGACAUGCCUUCCAUUGACAUUUCUGUACCAAAAGGGAAAGUUGACAUACCAUCCAUUGACAUAUCAUUGCCCAAAGGUAAGGCUAAAGGAGAAAUUGAAAGUGAAGGACACACUGAAACAGGAGGAAAGUUUGACUUGCCAAAGGUUGACAUUUCCUUACCAAAUGUAACACCACCAAAGGUUGAUCUCAAUGUUGAGGGUCCUGACAUCAAAGGCAAGAAGUUUCAUAUGCCAGAUAUUGAUUUCUCUCUGCCAAAAGGUGAUCUUUCUCUACCAAGAAUGAAGUUACCUGAGGGUAAGAUUAAUGUGGAAGGCCCGGAUAUCAACAUUGGGAAAGUUGACAUGCCUUCCAUUGACAUUUCUGUACCAAAAGGGAAAGUUGAAAUACCAUCCAUUGACAUCUCAUUGCCCAAAGGUAAGCCUAAAGGAGAAAUUGAAAUUGAAGGACACUUUGGAAGAGGAGGAAAGUUUAACUUGCCAAAGGUUGACAUUUCCUUACCAAAUGUAACACCACCGAAGGUUGAUCUCAAUGUUGAGGGUCCUGACAUCAAAGGCAGGAAGUUUCAUAUGCCAGAUAUUGAUUUCUCUCUGCCAAAAGUUGAUCUUUCUUUACCAAGGAUGAAAUUACCAGAGGUUAAGACUAAUGUGGAAGGCCCAGAUAUCAAAGUUGGGAAAGUUGACAUGCCUUCCAUUGACAUAUCAUUGCCCAAAAGUAAAACUAAAGGUGAAAUUGAAAUUGAUGGACAUUCUAAAACAGGAGGAAAGUUUGACUUGCCAAAGGUUGACAUUUCCUUACCAACUGUAACACCACCAAAGGUUGAUCUCAAUGUUCAGGGACCUGACAUCAAAGGCAGAAAGUUUCACAUGCCAGAUAUUGAUUUCUCUCUGCCAAAAGUUGAUCUUUCUCUACCAAGAAUGAAAUUACCAGAGGGUAAGAUUAAUAUGGAAGUCCCUGAUAUCAACAUUGGGAAAGUUGACAUGCCUUCCAUUGACAUUUCUGUACCAAAAGGGAAAGUUGACAUACCAUCCAUUGACAUAUCAUUGCCCAAAGGUAAGCCUGAAGGAGAAAUUGAAAUUGAAGGACACUCUGGAACAGGAGGAAAGUUUGACUUGCCAAAGGUUGACAUUUCCUUACCAACUGUAACACCACCAAAGGUUGAUCUCAAUGUUCAGGGACCUGACAUCAAGGGGAGAAAGUUUCACAUGCCAGAUAUUGAUUUCUCUCUGCCAAAAGUUGAUCUUUCUCUACCAAGAAUGAAAUUACCAGAGGGUAAGAUUAAUAUGGAAGUCCCUGAUAUCAAAGUUGGGAAAAGUAACAUUCCUUCCAUUGACAUUGCUUUACCAAAAGGGAAAGUUGAUAUACCAUCCAUUGACAUAUCAUUGCCCAAAGGUAAGGCUAAAGGAGAAACUGAAAUUGAAGGACACUCUGGAAUAGGAGGAAAGUAUGACUUGCCAAAGGUUGACAUUUCCUUACCAAAUGUAACACCACCAAAUGUUGAUCUCAAUGUUCAGGGACCUGACAUCAAGGGCAGAAAGUUUCACAUGCCAGAUAUUGAUUUCUCUCUGCCGAAAGUUGAUCUUUCACUACCAAGAAUGAAGUUACCAGAGGGUAAGAUUAAUGUGGAAGGCCCGGAUAUCAACAUUGGGAAAGUUGACAUGCCUUCCAUUGACAUUUCUGUACCAAAAGGGAAAGUUGACAUACCAUCCAUUGACAUCUCUUUGCCCAAGGGUAAGCCUAAAGAAGAAAUUGAAAUUGAAGGACACUCUGGAACAGGAGGAAAGUUUGACUUGCCAAAGGUUGACAUUUCCUUACCAAAUGUAACACCACCUAAUGUUGAUCUCAAUGUUCAGGGACCUGACAUCAAGGGCAGAAAGUUUCACAUGCCCGAUAUUGAUUUCUCUCUGCCGAAAGUUGAUCUUUCACUACCAAGAAUGAAGUUACCAGAGGGUAAGAUUAAUGUGGAAGGCCCAGAUAUCAACAUUUGGAAAGUUGACAUGCUUUCCAUUGACAUUUCUGUACCAAAAGGGAAAGUUGACAUACCAUCCAUUGACAUCUCUUUGCCCAAAGGUAAGCCUAAAGGAGAAAUUGAAAUUGAAGGACACUCUGCAACAGGAGGAAAGUUUGACUUGCCAAAGGUUGACAUUUCCUUACCAACUGUAACACCACCAAGGGUUGAUCUCAAUGUUCAGGGACCUGACAUCAAGAGGAGAAAGUUUCACAUGCCAGAUAUUGAUUUCUCUCUGCCAAAAGUUGAUCUUUCUCUACCAAGAAUGAAAUUACCAGAGGGUAAGAUUAAUAUGGAAGUCCCUGAUAUCAAAGUUGGGAAAAGUAACAUUCCUUCCAUUGACAUUGCUUUACCAAAAGGGAAAGUUGAUAUACCAUCCAUUGACAUCUCUUUGCCCAAAGGUAAGGCUAAAGGAGAAACUGAAAUUGAAGGACACUCUGGAAUAGGAGGAAAGUUUGACUUGCCAAAGGUUGACAUUUCCUUACCAAAUGUAACACCACCAAAUGUUGAUCUCAAUGUUCAGGGACCUGACAUCAAGGGCAGAAAGUUUCACAUGCCAGAUAUUGAUUUCUCUCUGCCGAAAGUUGAUCUUUCACUACCAAGAAUGAAGUUACCAGAGGGUAAGAUUAAUGUGGAAGGCCCGGAUAUCAACAUUGGGAAAGUUGACAUGCCUUCCAUUGACAUUUCUGUACCAAAAGGGAAAGUUGACAUACCAUCCAUUGACAUCUCUUUGCCCAAAGGUAAGUUUAAAGGAGAAAUUGAAAUUGAAGGACACUCUGGAACAGGAGGAAAGUUUGACUUGCAAAAGGUUGACAUUUCCUUACCAAAUGUAACACCACCAAAUGUUGAUCUCAAUGUUCAGGGACCUGACAUCAAGGGCAGAAAGUUUCACAUGCCCGAUAUUGAUUUCUCUCUGCCGAAAGUUGAUCUUUCACUACCAAGAAUGAAGUUACCAGAGGGUAAGAUUAAUGUGGAAGGCCCAGAUAUCAACAUUGGGAAAGUUGACAUGACUUCCAUUGACAUUUCUGUACCAAAAAGGAAAGUUGACAUACCAUCCAUUGACAUAUCAUUGCCCAAAGGUAAGCCUAAAGGAGAAAUUGAAAUUGAAGGACACUCUGGAACAGGAGGAAAGUUUGACUUGCCAAAGGUUGACAUUUCCUUACCAAAUGUAACACCACCAAAUGUUGAUCUCAAUGUUCAGGGACCUGACAUCAAGGGCAGAAAGUUUCACAUGCCCGAUAUUGAUUUCUCUCUGCCGAAAGUUGAUCUUUCACUACCAAGAAUGAAGUUACCAGAGGGUAAGAUUAAUGUGGAAGGCCCAGAUAUCAACAUUGGGAAAGUUGGCAUGCCUUCCAUUGACAUUUCUGUACCAAAAGGGAAAGUUGACAUACCAUCCAUUGACAUCUCUUUGCCCAAAGGUAAGCCUGAAGGAGAAAUUGAAAUUGAAGGACACUCUGGAACAGGAGGAAAGUUUGACUUGCCAAAGGUUGACAUUUCCUUACCAACUGUAACACCACCAAAGGUUGAUCUCAAUGUUCAGGGACCUGACAUCAAGGGCAGAAAGUUUCACAUGCCAGAUAUUGAUUUCUCUCUGCCAAAAGUUGAUCUUUCUCUACCAAGAAUGAAAUUACCAGAGGGUAAGAUUAAUAUGGAAGUCCCUGAUAUCAAAGUUGGGAAAAGUAACAUUCCUUCCAUUGACAUUGCUUUACCAAAAGGGAAAGUUGAUAUACCAUCCAUUGACAUAUCAUUGCCCAAAGGUAAGGCUAAAGGAGAAACUGAAAUUGAAGGACACUCUGGAAUAGGAGGAAAGUUUGACUUGCCAAAGGUUGACAUUUCCUUACCAAAUGUAACACCACCAAAUGUUGAUCUCAAUGUUCAGGGACCUGACAUCAAGGGCAGAAAGUUUCACAUGCCAGAUAUUGAUUUCUCUCUGCCGAAAGUUGAUCUUUCACUACCAAGAAUGAAGUUACCAGAGGGUAAGAUUAAUGUGGAAGGCCCGGAUAUCAACAUUGGGAAAGUUGACAUGCCUUCCAUUGACAUUUCUGUACCAAAAGGGAAAGUUGACAUACCAUCCAUUGACAUCUCUUUGCCCAAAGGUAAGCCUAAAGGAGAAAUUGAAAUUGAAGGACACUCUGGAACAGGAGGAAAGUUUGACUUGCCAAAGGUUGACAUUUCCUUACCAAAUGUAACACCACCAAAUGUUGAUCUCAAUGUUCAGGCACCUGACAUCAAGGGCAAAAGGUUUCACAUGCCCGAUAUUGAUUUCUCUCUGCCGAAAGUUGAUCUUUCACUACCAAGAAUGAAGUUACCAGAGGGUAAGAUUAAUGUGGAAGGCCCAGAUAUCAACAUUGGGAAAGUUGACAUGACUUCCAUUGACAUUUCUGUACCAAAAAGGAAAGUUGACAUACCAUCCAUUGACAUAUCAUUGCCCAAAGGUAAGCCUAAAGGAGAAAUUGAAAUUGAAGGACACUCUGGAACAGGAGGAAAGUUUGACUUGCCAAAGGUUGACAUUUCCUUACCAACUGUAACACCACCAAAGGUUGAUCUCAAUGUUCAGGGACCUGACAUCAAGGGCAGAAAGUUUCACAUGCCAGAUAUUGAUUUCUCUCUGCCAAAAGUUGAUCUUUCUCUACCAAGAAUGAAAUUACCAGAGGGUAAGAUUAAUAUGGAAGUCCCUGAUAUCAAAGUUGGGAAAAGUAACAUUCCUUCCAUUGACAUUGCUUUACCAAAAGGGAAAGUUGAUAUACCAUCCAUUGACAUAUCAUUGCCCAAAGGUAAGGCUGAAGGAGAAACUGAAAUUGAAAAACACUCUGGAAUAGGAGGAAAGUUUGACUUGCCAAAGGUUGACAUUUCCUUACCAAAUGUAACACCACCAAAUGUUGAUCUCAAUGUUCAGGGACCUGACAUCAAGGGCAGAAAGUUUCACAUGCCAGAUAUUGAUUUCUCUCUGCCGAAAGUUGAUCUUUCACUACCAAGAAUGAAGUUACCAGAGGGUAAGAUUAAUGUGGAAGGCCCAGAUAUCAACAUUGGGAAAGUUGACAUGCCUUCCAUUGACAUUUCUGUACCAAAAGGGAAAGUUGACAUACCAUCCAUUGACAUCUCUUUGCCCAAAGGUAAGCCUAAAGGAGAAAUUGAAAUUGAAGGACACUCUGGAACAGGAGGAAAGUUUGACUUGCCAAAGGUUGACAUUUCCUUACCAAAUGUAACACCACCAAAUGUUGAUCUCAAUGUUCAGGGACCUGACAUCAAGGGCAGAAAGUUUCACAUGCCCGAUAUUGAUUUCUCUCUGCCGAAAGUUGAUCUAUCACUACCAAGAAUGAAGUUACCAGAGGGUAAGAUUAAUGUGGAAGGCCCAGAUAUCAACAUUGGGAAAGUUGACAUGCCUUCCAUUGACAUUUCUGUACCAAAAGGGAAAGUUGACAUACCAUCCAUUGACAUAUCAUUGCCCAAAGGUAAGCCUAAAGGUGAAAUUGAAAUUGAAGGACACUCUGGAACAGGAGGAAGGUUUGACUUGCCAAAGGUUGACAUUUCCUUACCAACUGUAACACCACCAAAGGUUGAUCUCAAUGUUCAGGGACCUGACAUCAAGGGCAGAAAGUUUCACAUGCCAGAUAUUGAUUUCUCUCUGCCAAAAGUUGAUCUUUCUCUACCAAGAAUGAAAUUACCAGAGGGUAAGAUUAAUAUGGAAGUCCCUGAUAUCAAAGUUGGGAAAAGUAACAUUCCUUCCAUUGACAUUGCUUUACCAAAAGGGAAAGUUGAUAUACCAUCCAUUGACAUAUCAUUGCCCAAAGGUAAGGCUAAAGGAGAAACUGAAAUUGAAGGACACUCUGGAAUAGGAGGAAAGUUUGACUUGCCAAAGGUCGACAUUUCCUUACCAAAUUUAACAUCACCACAUGUUGAUCUCAAUGUUCAGGGACCUGACAUCAAGGGCAGAAAGUUUCACAUGCCAGAUAUUGAUUUCUCUCUGCCGAAAGUUGAUCUUUCUCUACCAAGAAUGAAGUUACCAGAGGGUAAGAUUAAUGUGGAAGGCCCGGAUAUCAACAUUGGGAAAGUUGACAUGCCUUCCAUUGACAUUUCUGUACCAAAAGGGAAAGUUGACAUACCAUCCAUUGACAUCUCUUUGCCCAAAGGUAAGCCUAAAGGAGAAAUUGAAAUUGAAGGACACUCUGGAACAGGAGGAAAGUUUGACUUGCCAAAGGUUGACAUUUCCUUACCAACUGUAACACCACCAAAGGUUGAUCUCAAUGUUCAGGGACCUGACAUCAAGGGCAGAAAGUUUCACAUGCCAGAUAUUGAUUUCUCUCUGCCGAAAGUUGAUCUUUCACGACCAAGAAUGAAGUUACCAGAGGGUAAGAUUAAUGUGGAAGGCCCAGAUAUCAACAUUGGGAAAGUUGACAUGCCUUCCAUUGACAUUUCUGUACCAAAAGGGAAAGUUGACAUACCAUCCAUUGACAUCUCUUUGCCCAAAGGUAAGCCUAAAGGAGAAAUUGAAAUUGAAGGACACUCUGGAACAGGAGGAAAGUUUGACUUGCCAAAGGUUGACAUUUCCUUACCAACUGUAACACCACCAAAGGUUGAUCUCAAUGUUCAGGGACCUGACAUCAAGGGCAGAAAGUUUCACAUGCCAGAUAUUGAUUUCUCUCUGCCAAAAGUUGAUCUUUCUCUACCAAGAAUGAAAUUACCAGAGGGUAAGAUUAAUAUGGAAGUCCCUGAUAUCAAAGUUGGGAAAAGUAACAUUCCUUCCAUUGACAUUUCUGUACCAAAAGGGAAAGUUGACAUACCAUCCAUUGACAUCUCUUUGCCCAAAGGUAAGCCUAAAGGAGAAAUUGAAAUUGAAGGACACUCUGGAAUAGGAGGAAAGUUUGACUUGCCAAAGGUUGACAUUUCCUUACCAAAUGUAACACCACCAAAGGUUGAUCUCAAUGUUGACGGUCCUGACAUCAAAGGCAGGAAGUUUCAUAUGCCAGAUAUUGAUUUCUCUCUGCCAAAAGUUGAUCUUUCUCUACCAAGAAUGAAGUUACCAGAGGGUAAGAUUAAUGUGGAAGGCCCGGAUAUCAACAUUGGGAAAGUUGACAUGCCUUCCAUUGACAUGUCUGUACCAAAAGGGAAAGUUGACAUCCCAUCCAUUGACAUCGCUUUGCUCAAAGGUAAGCCUAAAGGGGAUAUUGAAAUUGAAGGACACUCUGGAACAGGAGGAAAGUUUUACUUGCCAAAUGUUGACAUUUCCUUACCAAAUGUAACACCACUAAAGGUUGAUCUCAAUGUUCAGGGACCUGACAUCAAGGGCAGGAAGUUUCAUAUGCCAGAUAUUGAUUUCACUCUGCCAAAAGUUGAUCUUUCACUACCAAGAAUGAAAUUACCAGAAGGUAAGACUUGUGUGGAAGGCCCAGAUAUCAAAUUUGGAAAAGUUGACAUUCCUUCCAUUGACAUUUCUGUACCAAAAGGGAAAGUUGACAUGCCACCUAUUGACAUUUCAGAACCAAAAGGGAUGGCUAAAGGACAAAUUUCUAUUGACGGACAAUCUGUAAAUGGAGGAAAGAUGGAAUUACCUAAGUUUGACAUUUCUGUAACUAAGGUUAUGACACCUAAAGUUGAUAUCAGUGGUGUAGGCCCUGAAAUCAAAGAUGGACAGUUUCACUUGCCAGAUGUUGAUCUUCACCUGCCAAGAGGAAAUGUAAAAGGAGAUCUUGAAGGUCAUUCUGAGAAAGGUGCAAAGUUUCACAUGCCCAAAGUUGACCUUUCUAUACCAAAAUUGAAAUCUCCUAGGUUUUCUCCAAAUAUUGAGAGACCUGUAGAAAUUACAAUUGAUCAGACACUUCCAAAAAGCAGUGCAAUAGGCCGUGAUGAUUUUGAAAGUGAUAUUGCAAUGUUGGGAAAGCUGCAUAUGCCUGAACUUGAACUUUCAUUACCAAAAAUGAAAUCACCUUAUGGUGAGUCAAAACAUCAUGCACCAGACAUAAAUGACAUAAAUUUGCCUGAUGCCAGUGUUUGUGGAAAUUUGAAAUUACCUGUAAAGUUACCAAGUGUUGACCUAUCAGCCCCUAAGGUUGAUAUUGAUUUUGCUAUCCCCAAACAAAAAUGCACUGAUAAAGAAGAUAUUGAACUUCUCAAAGGUGAAAGUAGCAGACCAUCAUCUGGGGCAAGUUUUGAAAUCCCAGAGGUGACUCUAAAAAUGCCAAAAAUUUCAUUUCCUAAAUUUGGGGGGAAAUUUAAAACUGAAGACAAACAAGUUGAGGGACUUAGAUUAUCUACAUGUUUGGAUAUGGAUAUGAAUAAUAUGGAUGAGAAAAUGAAAGACAAAAGACUGCAGCUAAAAUCUGAAGAAGGUGUGAAUGCUUCACUUGAUAUUCGGACAGAGGGUAAGGAGCAUUUUAAGGCUCCAAUACUGGAUGCAAAGGCAAAGGUCAAAAUGCCUUCAGUUGAGAUAUCCCUACCAACACCAUACAUACCAGAGAGAGAGGCAUUGCUGCCAAAAUCUGAGAUUGAUGUAUCUGAGGCAGAUAUCCAGGCUUAUGAGGGUAGUUUAAAAAUCCCAAAAAUGCCAACUAUUGAUAUAUCAGUACCAAAAGUAGAUUUGGAUUUUGUCCUACCAAAAGCAAAACAAAAUGCAAAGUUCAAGUUGCCUGAUAUUAAUAAUCCAACCACAGAUAUAUCCCUGCUAAAAGGCAAAGAAGGAGAAAUUCAAGUUGAAGAAAUGGACAAAGCAGGAUGGCAAAAAUUAAUUUCUAGUAAUGUGAAUGCAGAUACAGGUUCAAGUGAUGGAUUGUCUCUGCCUAACACUGAAAUAAAAGUAAAAGACUAUAGGACUGUUGAAGAUGACAUUAGUGAAAAAAUGAAUACAAAACCAGGUAACAUGAUCAAAAUACCAAAGUUUGGUGUGGCUCUGCCUUCACCUGAAGCCAAAGUUAAUGUUAAAUCAACAGAAGGAUCUUCUUUGAUCACAAACCCUGAAAUACAGUAUGAGGGCCCUCCUAUCCCUAAAGUGACAAAAGCUGUUUUUGUUUUGGUUAAUUCCCAAACAGAAAGCUAUGUUAAUGUCACCAGCAAAGCAAGUGCAGAGACCAAAAUGUGCCAAGUGACAAAAAUCAGAGAGAAGCAAAGUUUUGAAAAGUCACACUUAAAAGGUAAAGGAACAAAUUUUGAGGAGAAAGAGGACAAGGAGGAGAAAAUUGAUGAAGAAGUAAAAACAGCCUCUUAUAGUUUGCACAAACUUGAGUUUUCUUCACCAUACUUUACAGAUGUGGGAGAAGAAGAGAAAUUCGAGAUGGGCAUGGAAUCUGAGAACAAGGUUAGCAUGGAAGUUAAAUCAGGUACAAAAGCUAAAUCAGGAAAAAUAUCCUAUCCUGGUUUCAAGAAGAAGUCUGUAAAUGGUGAUGAGGAAAGUGAAAAAGGCUGUUUAGUUUCUUCAGAAGCCAGGCUGAAAAUGUUAACAGAAGGCUCUGAGUCACCAGUACCAAAUAUUUCACUUGGCGCUGUCUCAGGAAAGACCAGUGACAAAAAUGAGGGUGGAUCCAUAGACGAUGUUAGAAACAGGAAUGAAGCGGAACAAAAAGAGGAGGCAACUUGGUUUAAAAUCCCCAAAGUCACUAUUAGCCCCCAUUCCACUGACAUCCUGCAGAUUACACCAGAGAGAUCUCCAAAGAAAAGUAGGUCAUCUUUACAGUACUCUAGUGAAGAUAUUUCUGGAGGUCUCUACAGGAGCAUGCCAAAUACUGAAUUUUCCACUCAGGAAGUUUCUUCCCAAAACACAUUCACCACAAAAAAAGAAGGGACUUUCACUGUGGUAACUAAAACUUCAAAAUAUAAAGUAACAGAAUCAGCAAGUAGCAGCUCAACUACACACUGGAAUCAGUAAAAUCAAAGGGUAAAUUAAGUUAUAGUGGAAUAUUUUUACAUUGUUUGUUACUUGCAUUUAAAUAAAUACAGUUACUAUUUAAUGUAGUACACAUUUAUAAACAUUUCAUAUAUAUUACUUAAUGUAGCACACAUUUAUAUUUACAUUUCAUAUACUUGCACUGACUAUUCAGUCUUGUUUUUUUUUUUUAAUGUAGAUUCUUUGUUUCAGUAGAGAAUUUAUACUAUUUCUGAGGCCUGAAAGUCAAUCAUUAGUGCAAUUUUAGGUAGAAUUUUGAGAAGAUUUUUCUUGAAUAAUCAUAGUUUUUAAAGAUUCAUAUGAUGCUGUUUUUUUUCUUUUAUAUACGAAUAUCAUUUCUUUUUUCAUAAAUAACACCAAAACUGUAGAAGAAACUGUAUAUAUUUAUAUAUUUAAAUAUUAGAAUAGAGUUAAACAUCUAUAUAAUAUAAUUUAACAUAAAUUCAUUAAAAUGUGACACAGUGUACAAUGAUGUGAACUUUCUGUGUGGGAAUGCUUUGUGUUCUUGAUUUGAAGUCUCUGAGUGCGCAUUGUGAAAUUUUUGGCUUAUCAUUUUUCAUUUAUUCAACUACUGAGGAUGAAAUUAGUAUCAAUUGCAGGUAGCAUUAUUACUGUAUAGUUUUUUUUUUAGCAUGUCCUUUGCAUUUUCUUUUAAAGCACAUUUUCUCAGCUGGAUGAAAUAUUAAAUAAAAUAUUUUACAUGUUCUUUCAUUCCUCUCUGAAUUUCUGCAGUCUAGAUAGAACAUGCGCUUACUGCUUAAAACUAAACUAUGAUUAAGCCUGAUUAAACUUAUUCAAAGAGAACUUUAGAACAUAUAGUAGAACUAGGUAAUUCCUUAUAAUAUGCACCUCCAGAGUUGCUUACUCUCUAUUUUAUAAUCCCGUUUGUAAGCUGUUACAGAGCUUUAUACUGUAUAGAACUAUGCUGAUUAUGGUAAGCGUUAAACAUAAAUAACGUUUCUUGGGUUCUGUUGAUCUUCAAAUCUUUUUAAGCUGUUUUUCUUUUACUUAUUAUAUUCAUAUAAGCAAAUCUACAGGCACCUGUAAGUACAUUACAUGUUUAUGUUCAUGACACAGCAAUAAAAAAAAAGACGGAACAAAUUUGAGUUUCAUGAAAGGGUGGCUAGGAAAAAGAACAUGAUAUUGCCAAAUGGUUUGCAGAAUUGCAUCUGAACAAACCAAAUUCUGGAACAAUAUCAUUUGGUCUUAUGAGACCAUUUUGAAGAUGUUGGUCAUUAUGCACAGUGCCAUGUUUGACAAGAACAAAACACGUCAUAUCACUGCAAACACCUCAUACCAUCUGGCAACUUAAACUGGGCUAAAACUGGGUUAUGCAAUAGGUCAUUGAUCACAAGUACACCAGUAAAUAACACUGGAGAUUAAUGGCUAAAGAUUUAAAAAUCAAGAUGCUGGAAUGACCAAGUCAAAGUCCAAUCAUGAGAUGCUGUGUCAGGAUAUUAAGAAAGCUGUGCAUAAAUGAAUGUACUUAAACAUCAAUAAAGCAAUGUUGUAAAGAAGUGUGGGUCAAAAUUUCUCCAAAACUGUGCAAAAGCCUGAUAUACUACAGACAAUAUUUACACUAUAUAAACCAUUUAUUUCAAGGUAUUGUUGCUAAACAUAUUGAAGUCUCUUUUGUUUUUUUGUUGCUGUGGUUAUUAGUUUUGUCAUAGAUGUUGAUGAGGACCAGACAAUUGUUAUUUAGGCCCUAAUAAACAAUAUUGUAGAACUAAAAAA